UUGUAUUCUUUCAUUCUUUCUUUCUACUCUUAUGUAUUCUUUCAUUAUUUCUAUUCAUUUAUAUUCUUUCAUUCUUUCUUUCUACUCUUAUGUAUUCUUUCAUUCUUUCUAUUCAUUUAUAUUCUUUCAUUCUUUCUAUUCUUACGUAUUCUUUCAUUCUUUCUUUCUACACUUAUGUAUUCUUUCAUUCUUUCUUUCUACUCUUAUGUAUUCUUUCAUUCUUUCUAUUCAUUUAUAUUCUUUCAUUCUUUCUAUUCUUAUGUAUUCUUUCAUUCUUUCUUUCUACUCUUAUGUAUUCUUUCAUUCUUUCUAUUCAUUUAUAUUCUUUCAUUCUUUCUAUUCUUAUGUAUUCUUUCAUUCUUUCUUUCUACACUUAUGUAUUCUUUUUCAUUCUUUCUUUUCUACUCUUAUGUAUUCUUUCAUUCUUUCUAUUCAUUUAUAUUCUUUCAUUCUUUUUCUAUUCUUAUGUAUUCUUUCAUUCUUUUUCUUUCUACACUUAUGUAUUCUUUCAUUCUUUUCUUUCUACUCUUAUGUAUUCUUUCAUUCUUUCUAUUCAUUUAUAUUCUUUCAUUCUUUCUAUUCUUAUGUAUUCUUUCAUUCUUUCUUUCUACUCUUAUGUAUUCUUUCAUUCUUUCUAUUCAUUUAUAUUCUUUCAUUCUUUCUAUUCUUAUAUUCUUUUCAUUCUUUCUUUCUACUCUUAUGUAUUCUUUCAUUCUUUCUAUUCAUUUAUAUUCUUUCAUUCUUUCUAUUCAUUUAUAUUCUUUCAUUCUUUCUUUCUACUCUUAUGUAUUCUUUCAUUCUCUCUAUUCAUUUAUAUUCUUUCAUUCUUUCUAUUCUUAUGUAUUCUUUCAUUCUUUCUUUCUACUCUUAUGUAUUCUUUCAUUCUUUCUAUUCAUUUAUAUUCUUUCAUUCUUUCUAUUCUUACGUAUUCUUUCAUUCUUUCUUUCUACUAUUAUGUAUUUUUUCAUACUUUCUUUCUACUCUUAUGUAUUCUUUCAUUCUUUCUAUUCAUUUAUAUUCAUUCAUUCUUUCUAUUCUUAUGUAUUCUUUCAUUCUUUCUAUUCAUUUAUAUUCUUUCAUUCUUUCUUUCUACUCUUAUGUAUUCUUUCAUUCUCUCUAUUCAUUUAUAUUCUUUCAUUCUUUCUAUUCUUAUGUAUUCUUUCAUUCUUUCUUUCUACUCUUAUGUAUUCUUUCAUUCUUUCUAUUCAUUUAUAUUCUUUCAUUCUUUCUAUUCUUAUGUAUUCUUUCAUUCUUUCUAUUCAUUUAUAUUCUUUCAUUCUUUCUAUUCAUUUUAUAUUCUUUCAUUCUUUCUAUUCUUUUGUAUUCUUUCAUUCUUUCUUUCUACUCUUAUGUAUUCUUUCAUUCUUUCUAUUCAUUUAUAUUCUUUCAUUCUUUCUAUUCUUAUAUAUUCUUUCAUUCUUUCUAUUCUUUUAUAUUCUUUCAUUCUUUCUUUCUACUAUUAUGUAUUUUUCAUUCUCUCUAUUCAUUUAUAUUCUUUCAUUCUUUCUAUUCUUUUAUAUUCUUUCAUUCUUUCUUUCUAUUCUUAUGUAUUCUUUCAUUCUUUCUAUUCAUUUAUAUUCUUUCAUUCUUUCUUUAUUCUUACGUAUUCUUUCAUUCUUUCUUUCUAUUCAUUUAUUUUUUUUUUACUUUUCUUUAUUCUUAUUAUUCUUUCUUUCAUUCUUUCUUUCUAUUCAUUUAUAUUAUUUCAUUCUUUCUAUUUCUUUUGUAUUCUUUCAUUCUUUCUAUUCAUUUAUAUUCUUUCAUUCUUUCUUUCUACUCUUAUGUAUUCUUUCAUUCUCUCUAUUCAUUUAUAUUCUUUCAUUCUUUCUAUUCUUAUGUAUUCUUUCAUUCUUUCUUUCUACUCUUAUGUAUUCUUUCAUUCUUUCUAUUCAUUUAUAUUCUUUCAUUCUUUCUAUUCUUAUGUAUUCUUUCAUUCUUUCUUUCUACUCUUAUGUAUUCUUUCAUUCUUUCUAUUCAUUUAUAUUCUUUCAUUCUUUCUAUUCUUAUGUAUUCUUUCAUUCUUUCUUUUUCUACUCUUAUGUAUUCUUUCAUUCUUUCUAUUCAUUUAUAUUUUUUUCAUUCUUUCUAUUCUUAUGUAUUCUUUCAUUCUUUCUUUCUACUCUUAUGUAUUCUUUCAUUCUUUCUAUUCAUUUAUUUUUCAUUCUUUCUAUUCUUAUGUAUUCUUUCAUUCUUUCUUUCUACUCUUAUGUAUUCUUUCAUUCUUUCUAUUCAUUUUAUAUUUUUUCAUUCUUUCUUUUCUUACAUAUUCUUUAUUCUUUCUUUUCUAUUAUUAUGUAUUUUUUCAUUCUUUCUAUUCUGCUAUUAUGUAUUCUUUCAUUCUUUCUAUUCUUUUGUAUUCAUUCAUUCUUUCUAUUCUUUUAUAUUCAUUCAUUCUUUCUAUUCUUAUGUAUUCUUUCAUUCUUUCUUUCUACUCUUAUGUAUUCUUUCAUUCUUUCUAUUCAUUUAUAUUCUUUCAUUCUUUCUAUUCUUAUGUAUUCUUUCAUUCUUUUUUUCUACUCUUAUGUAUUCUUUCAUUCUUUCUAUUCAUUUAUAUUCUUUCAUUCUUUCUAUUCUUAUGUAUUCUUUCAUUCUUUUCUUUCUACUCUUAUGUAUUCUUUCAUUCUUUCUAUUCAUUUAUAUUCUUUCAUUCUUUCUAUUCUUAUGUAUUCUUUCAUUCUUUCUUUCUACUCUUAUUAUUUCAUUCUUUUUUCAUAUUCUUUUUCUUUCUAUUCUUAUGUAUUCUUUCAUUCUUUCUAUUCAUUUAUAUUCUUUCAUUCUUUCUAUUCUUUGUAUUCUUUCAUUCUUUCUAUUCUAUUCUUUCAUUCUUUCUUUCUACUUAUGUAUUCUUUCAUUCUUUCUUUCUACUCUUAUGUAUUCUUUCAUUCUUUCUAUUCAUUUAUAUUCUUUCAUUCUUUCUAUUCUUAUGUAUUCUUUCAUUCUCUCUUUCUACUCUUAUGUAUUCUUUCAUUCUUUCUAUUCUUAUGUAUUAUUUCAUUCUUUCUAUUCUUAUGUAUUCUUUCCUUCUUUCAUUCUACUCUUAAGUAUUCUUUCAUUCUUUCUUUCUACUCUUAUGUAUUCUUUCAUUCUCUCUAUUCAUUUAUAUUCUUUCAUUCUUUCUAUUCUUAUGUAUUCUUUCAUUCUUUCUUUCUACUCUUAUGUAUUCCUUCAUUCUUUCUUUCUACUCUUAUGUAUUCUUUCAUUCUAAUCUCAUGUAUAUUUUCAUUCUUUCAUUCUACUCUUAUGUAUUCUUUCAUUCUCUCUAUUCAUUUAUAUUCUUUCAUUCUUUCUAUUCUUAUGUAUUCUUUCAUUCUUUCAUUCUACUCUUAUGUAUUCUUUCCUUCUUUCUUUCUACUCUUAUGUAUUCUUUCAUUCUUUCUAUUCAUUUAUAUUCUUUCAUUCUUUCUAUUCUUAUGUAUUCUUUCAUUCUUUCUUUCUACUCUUAUGUAUUUUUUCAUUCUUUCUUUCUACUCUUAUGUAUUCUUUCAUUCUAAUCUUAUGUAUAUUUUCAUUCUUUCAUUCUACUCUUAUGUAUUCUUUCAUUCUCUCUUUCUACUCUUAUGUAUUCUUUCAUUCUUUCUUUCUACUCUUAUGUAUUCUUUCAUUCUCGCUAUUCAUUUAUAUUCUUUCAUUCUUUCUAUUCUUAUGUAUUCUUUCAUUCUUUCUUUCUACUCUUAUGUAUUUUUUCAUUCUUUCUUUCUACUCUUAUGUAUUCUUUCAUUCUCUCUAUUCAUUUAUAUUCUUUCAUUCUUUCUAUUCUUAUGUAUUCUUUCAUUCUUUCAUUCUACUCUUAUGUAUUCUUUCAUUCUUUCUUUCUACACUUAUGUAUUCUUUCAUUCUCUCUAUUCAUUUAUAUUCUUUCAUUCUUUCUAUUCUUAUGUAUUCUUUCAUUCUUUCUUUCUACUCUUAUGUAUUCUUUCAUUCUCUCUAUUCAUUUUUAUUCUUUCAUUCUUUCUAUUCUUAUGUAUUCUUUCAUUCUUUCAUUCUACUCUUAUGUAUUCUUUCAUUCUUUCUUUCUACUCUUAUGUAUUCUUUCAUUCUCUCUAUUCAUUUAUAUUCUUUCAUUCUUUCUAUUCUUAUGUAUUCUUUCAUUCUUUCUUUCUACUCUUAUGUAUUCCUUCAUUCUUUCUUUCUACUCUUAUGUAUUCUUUCAUUCUUUCUAUUCAUUUAUAUUCUUUCAUUCUUUCUAUUCUUAUCUAUUCUUUCAUUCUUUCUUUCUAUUCUUAUGUAUUAUUUCAUUCUUUCUUUCUACUCAUAUGUAUUUUUUCAUUCUUUCUUUCUACUCUUAUGUAUUCUUUCAUUCUUUCUAUUCAUUUAUAUUCUUUCAUUCUUUCUUUCUAUUCUUAUGUAUUCUUUCAUUCUUUCUUUCUACUCUUAUGUAUUCUUUCAUUCUUUCUAUUCAUUUAUAUUCUUUCAUUCUUUCUAUUCUUAUGUAUUCUUUCAUUCUUUCUUUCUACUCCUAUGUAUUCUUUUUUCCCUAAUCCACUUCUUUCUUUCUUCAAUGAUAUAUUCUUUCUUUUUCUUUAUUCUUUCUAUUCUUAUGUAUUUUUCUUUUUUUAUUCCUCUUCUUUCUUUCUUUCUUUCCACUCUCACGCAUUCCUUUUUCUUUAUUCCCUCUCAUACUUUCUUUCUUUCUACUCUCAUUCAUUCGUUCUUUUUUCCUCUUCUUUCUUUCUUUCUUUUUUCUUUCUUUCUUUUUUCUUUCUUUCGUUCUUUCCUUAUCCUUUUUUCUUUCUAUUUCAUGUAUUCAUUCUGUAUUCUUUUUUCUUGAUUCUUUUCUUUCUUUCUUUCUGUUCUCAUUUAUUAAUUUUUCUUUCGAUCUUUCCUUCUUUCUAUCUUUCCUUCUUUCUAUCUUUCCUUCUUGCUUUCUUUCUUUCUUUCUACCUGGAUGCAUUCGUUCUUUUUAUUCCUCUUCUUUCUUUCUUCCUUUCUUUCUUUCUGUCUUUCUUCUUUUUUUUCCUUUUUUCUUUCUACAUAAUCAUUAUUAAUUUUUCUUUCCUUUUACUCUCAUGUAUUUCUUUUUACUCUAUUUUACUUCUUUCUUUCUUUCUUUCUUUCUUUCUUUCUACACUAAUUAUUUCUUCUUUUUCGUCUUCCUUUUCUUUAACUCUUUUUCUUUCUUUCGUUCCUUUUAUUCCUUCUUCCUCCAUUUUCUUUUUCUUGCUUUCAAUCCUUAUAAUUUCUUUCUUUCUUUCUUUCUUUCUUUCUUUCUUUCAUUCCUUCUUUCUCCUCUGA